CAACCCUCGAUGGCCCAUAAUACGUCCAGCGCCCGCCUCCUCCUCGCCUAACCCCUCGUAACGACUCUGAGCACGCCUUUGUCAUCCUGAUAGCUGUUUUUUUGCCAUUGAAUACUUUCUAUUGUCAAUAAUUUUUAAUGCCUCCUGCCCCCAAGUCCCCGCAGCGCAAGCCCGGAGCGCCCAAGGCAAAGGGCGCGGUGCGCGCUAAGUCGGGCUGCUACACGUGCAGGAUCCGCCGAAAGAAAUGCGAUGAGCAACCAAACCCCGAUGGGCAGUGCCAGACCUGCGUCCGCCUCCGACUCCAAUGCCUCGGCUUCGGGGCCAAACGUCCUGAAUGGCUUCGGGAGAACCGCAGCGUCAUUGACCUUCGCGAGAAGAUAAAGGCCUUCCUCGCUGCCCAGGGGAUGAUCAAGGGCCACUCCGGCGCUUCUGCUCGAGGUAGCGAGCAAGAACAAGCCAUCCUCACGCUAUCUCCCUACGAUCACCCAUUCCCGUCCUCAAGCACCAGCCCUCGGACGCCCACUCUUUCCGUUUCAUCGGAUGAUCGUCACCACACUUCGAGCUACCAUGGCUUGAGGGCAUACCCUUCACAGGAUCGGUUGCCCCCAAUGGAUACCCUCCGGGGUGAAUCUCCUCAAUACCCGCAUCAGGAUGUUAUGCUUCCUUCUUACCCAACGCAGCAUAUUACUUCGUCCGACUCUAGCUUAGACCCCCCAUGGUCGUCUUCAUCCAUUUCUGCGACGUCUACUCGACUCGUCCCCUCAACUAACUUCCCGAGUCGUGCCCUCACAAGCGCUCUCUCCCCUUCGUACACCUAUCAUCUUGAAGACGAGGAUGUUGCUUACGACAGCGACGUGAUAGCGCCGAUCUUUACGAUGAUGCCCGUGUCUGACAACUGGGGAUUAAGCUCAAAGCAACACAACACACUGAAGCACUAUAUGGAUCACGUCUUAAGAAUUCAAUAUCUACAUGCGGACCAGUCGUUAAAUGAGACUGUCUGGAGGUUGUUGACAAGUUGUUCUGCUGCUCGGGAUGCGGCUUGCCUCCUGUCAAAUUUGCAUCGAACGACUAUGCGUAUGGGCAUAUCGGAGGCGAACGAUGAAGAUCGAGAAGCAUAUAAUCGCAUGCUCGGCCUUGUCACACGACAAAGACCCCUUCAGCCCGGCGAAGCGCUCGCCUGUCUCUGCAUCGUUUCCUACUUCCUUUUCUGCGGUGGACGUGGUAAAUGGGAAGCCUUCCUUAACGCCGUGUGCGACUUCUCCCGCCUCAUCCUGUCCGACGACAGGUAUCAUGGACCUGCACACGUACUGCAAAAAUGCGACAGGGAGCUUCGUUUUAUCAUCAAGACCUCCAUGUGGUUUGAUGUCCUUGCCUCGGUCACCCUUGUCCGGACACCGCAGCUCAUGGAUGUUUACCGCUCUGUCUUCUCCCUCCGAAGCACCGACCACUUCAACGGCGAGCCCACGGCACCUCCGGAAGAGCUCAGCAUGAUGUCUGUCAUGGGCUGCGAGAACUAUGUUGUUCGCGCUCUUGCGGAGACUGCCGAUCUCGCUUGGUGGAAGGAUUGGCACAAGACCGAAGGCAGCUUGAGCAUCCCGCAACUUGCAUCUCGGGGCCAGCAAAUUGAAGAAAUGCUCGAGGGUCCCCGCCUCGCGCAGUCGUACCCCGCGGCCUCAUGUGAUAACAUAGAGCUGAACCUGGUACGACAAUUUACGUCGGAAGUUUUCCGUGCAUCAGCACAGGUAUUCCUUCACUCGGUCAUCUCGGGCGACUAUCCACAAUGCCCGGAGAUCCAAGCAGGAAUCGCACAAACCAUUGCUGCGCUGAAGGCCGUUCCUGAAGGCAGCCAUACGUCUCGUGCCGUCGUACGAAGCGUUGUCUUCAGCAUCAGUAUUUGUGGCUGUCUGACUGAUGAUCCAAAUCAUCGGGCGUUUUUCGAAGAGCGGCUUCACCAGCAGAAUACCCCCGUCGGCAAUUGCAACCAAGUCUUGCAGCUCAUGAAGAAGGUUUGGAGCAAGCGCGCUCGUGGGGAACCUGUCGACUGGAGACAAGUAAUGCGAGAAUCUGAGAUGCUACUUGUGUAGCGUCUCCGGGCGAUCGGGUUUGCUGGAGGAAACAGCGGGCACACGCGGCUCUUGAAGAGCUCUUCAAUCUUAAAUUUCUCUUUUUUUAUCUUUGGAAACAAAAUAACGAAACUAUACACGUCUCUGUGGAUCGUACAUCAUAACUGCUCAACGACUGAUUCUCUUUUCCUUUCUCCAUUCAUAAUGCUGAUAAACACAUCAUGUUCUACCACUGUUUGUCAUGCCCACCCGAUUUAUUUGCGGAUGCAGUCAAAUGUGGUUGCCCCAUCAUCUAUGGCAGUACCGCG